AGGAAGUGGACUGUCAUUCUGCCCGAUUCUCCUGUGUCCUUGUUAGCUAGCAAGCCAGUUAGCUGCCAUAAUAGGCAUGCAAAUGUGUUCAAUUUGGAAAGAUGAAUUAAACUGUGCCUGAAGAGUACAUUUGAAAGAGAUUGACAUUUAUCCGCUGUUAACACCAUGUUGCGUGUCGGUAGCAAAACUGCCUGCAUGGCUUGUAGGAACCUGGUCUCAACCAACAUGGGGGUGAGAUUUCGGUUCCCACUGCAGAAGCUCCACCCACUGUCCCGUGCCAUCCACCACCGCUACUCUGGAAACACUAACCCUCAGCGACCUCCUCAUCGUACAGCAGCCCGAUAUUUUACCUCUUUGUCUCGGUUGCCCAUGCGGCCUUCAAAGCCUCCUUCUGGGUCAGGUGGCCGCACCUACCAACAGAAGCGCAACUUCUGGGUUGCUCGCCUAGCAGCUCGGUUGCUAAAGCUAAGAUACAUUCUGCUGGGCUCAGCAGUGGGAGGAGGGUACACAGCUAAGAAGACUUAUGACGAGUGGAAGGACAUGCUGCCUGAUUUUAGUGAAUACAAUUGGGUCAUUCCUGAUUUUGUCUGGGAACUGAGUGAACAAAUUGAUCUGGAUAAACUGGCCAAAGCUCUACCAGAGAUGGAAGAAAUUGCCAAACUACUGCCUGACCUUGACAAAAUUGGAGAGAACUUCACUUUCCUCAAAAGCCUUCUCUCCUCUGGUGUGAGUUUGGGUAGUGAAGUCAAAGGAGCCUCUGGUCUGCAUCUAUUGUUAGAAACCUCAAGUGAUCCUGCAUUAAAAGCUACGGAUUCUUCAACUGCAGCCACACACGAUGCCAGUGACAAGCAGUACAAAAAGGGUCUGCUCGGCGAGCUCAUUCUUAUUCAGCAGCAGAUUCAGCGGCAUGAGGAGGAGGUCCGGCGGACCGCUGCAGCCAAUAGUGCGCGUCCCCUACCACCAGAGCCUGCUCCCAGUCCACCUCCGAACCCCAGCCCCCCUCAACAGAAGCGCAAGUCAUCAGACAAAGAAAAGGUAGACCAGCUUCAAGAGGAGCUGCUCCGUACUCAGCUAAAAUAUCAGCGCAUGCUAGAGAGACUGGAGAAAGAAAACAAAGAGUUAAGGAAAGUGGUGCUGCAAAAAGAUGAUAAGGGAAUCCAUCAAAGAAAAGUGAAGAAAUCCCUUAUUGACUUAUAUUCUGAAGUCCUCGACAUCUUAUCUGACUAUGACGCCAACUAUAACACUCAGGACCAUUUGCCCAGGGUGGUUGUAGUUGGAGAUCAAAGUGCUGGGAAGACCAGUGUGCUUGAGAUGAUUGCUCAGGCCAGAAUUUUCCCGAGGGGCUCAGGAGAAAUGAUGACACGAUCUCCUGUCAAGGUAACACUAAGCGAAGGCCCCCACCAUGUCGCCAUGUUCAAAGACAGUGGCCGAGAGUUUGAUCUAAAUAAGGAGGAAGAUCUGGCUGCUCUGAGGCAUGAGAUUGAGCUGAGGAUGAGGAAGAGUGUAAAGGAGGGACAGACAGUCAGCUCUGAGACCAUAUCCUUGAGUGUAAAAGGCCCAGGUAUCCAGAGGAUGGUACUAGUUGACUUACCAGGUGUUAUCAGUACGGUGACAACAGGCAUGGCAUCAGACACCAAGGAAACCAUCUUCAGCAUCAGCAAGGCCUACAUGCAAAACCCUAAUGCAAUCAUUCUCUGUAUUCAGGAUGGUAGUGUGGAUGCAGAGCGGAGCAUUGUAACAGACUUGGUUAGUCAGAUGGAUCCUCAGGGGAAAAGGACCAUCUUUGUCCUGACUAAAGUGGAUUUGGCUGAGAAGAACCUGGCCAGCCCAAGCAGAAUCCAGCAAAUCGUAGAAGGCAAGCUGUUUCCCAUGAAAGCCUUGGGUUACUUUGCUGUAGUGACAGGAAAAGGGAGCACUGGUGAAAGCAUUGAGUCCAUCAAAGACUAUGAGGAGGACUUCUUCCAAAACUCCAGACUACUGAGGGACGGCAUGUUGAAGGCUCAUCAGGUGACAACAAAGAACUUGAGUCUGGCCGUGUCUGACUGCUUCUGGAAGAUGGUCAGGGAGUCUGUAGAACAGCAAGCUGAUGUUUUUAAAGCAUCACGGUUCAACCUGGAGACAGAAUGGAAGAACAACUACCCUCGUCUGAGAGAACUGGAUAGGAAUGAACUUUUUGAAAAAGCCAAAAAUGAAAUCUUGGACGAAGUCAUUAGUUUGAGUCAAGUCACUCCUCAACACUGGGAGGCUAUUCUGCAGAAGAAACUGUGGGAACGUGUUUCCACACAUGUAAUUGAAAAUAUCUACCUGCCUGCUGCCCAAACAAUGGACUCUGGUACCUUUAACACCACUGUAGACAUCAAGCUCAAGCAGUGGACCGACAAGCAGCUUCCACACAAAGCUCUUGAGGUUGCUUGGGAGACGUUGCAAGAAGAGUUUGCACGCUUCAUGGCUGAGUACAGAGGCAAAGACCAGGACGACAUUUUUGACAAGCUGAAGGAGGCUGUGAAGGAUGAGAGCAUCAAGAGGCACAAGUGGAAUGAAAGGGCCAUGGACAGCCUGAGGGUAAUUCAGCACAAUGCCCUAGAAGACCGUUCCAUCACAGAUAAGCCUCAGUGGGAUGCAGCAAUCCAGUUCAUGGAGGAAACCUUGCAGUCACGCCUGAAAGACACUGAUUCAGUAGUCAGAGACAUGGUGGGCCCAGACUGGAAACAGAGGUGGCUGAACUGGCAGAACCGUACACCUGAUCAGCACAUUCGAAAUGAAACAAAAAAUGAGCUGGAGCGCUUGCUGAAGCUUCAUGACGACCACACUGCUUACUUGGCCAAUGAUGAGGUCACCACAGUCAGGAAGAACCUGGAGGGACGAGGGGUAGAAGUUGAUCCUGUACUGAUCAAGGACACGUGGCAUCAGCUGUAUCGCCGACACUUCUUACAAAAAGCACUUGCCCAUUGCAACCUCUGCAAGAGGGGUUUCUAUUACUACCAGAGGCACUUUGUUGAUUCUGAGCUGGAAUGCAACGAUGUGGUACUGUUUUGGAGGAUCCAGAGGAUGCUGGUCAUCACAGCCAAUACUCUCCGACAGCAGCUAACCAACACUGAGGUACGCCGGUUGGAGAAAAAUGUGAAAGAGGUCUUGGAUGACUUUGGGGAAGACAUGGAGAAAAAGACGCAGCUCAUCACUGGCCGCAGAGUCCAGCUUGCUGAGGAUCUCAAGAAAGUUCGUGAGAUCCAGGAGAAACUUGAAGCUUUUAUAGAAGCUCUUCACAAGGAAAAAUAACAGAAUCAGCAGAGGGAUGCACUGAACAAGACAAGACAUCUGUAAAUAGAUCCAUGGCUCUGCUUCAACACUCUCCUGAUUUGACCACCCCUGACUUGGCUUCCAGUCUACUUUUUGACAUUGAUGAAGUGAUGAACCUGCACAGAAGCAAAAGAUGAAGAAACGGUUUCCAGACUUUUUCUUUGAUUUCUGUCUUCCCAAAUUUCUUUGGGACAAGAAGGGGACUUCUGCAAGGAGCCCAAACACAGUCAGAGCAGAAAGAAAAUGCAAAGCUCGCAGUGUUGUCAGAUGUCUGACCACUUGUUUUCAAUAAAUGAGGAUUGUGUACUUGUUUAUCUCCAUCUUUUGUUCCUUUUUUUCUUGGCUUUUCUUUCUGGCUUUCUUUGUGUAUAUGUGACUACACAACGUUUGUGUAUUCACUGAUCUUUGUAAGGUGCCCCUGUUGGAACUGGUCCUGAUGGAAUCUACAGCCUUGAAUUUCAUACCUUUUAUCUCUUCUGGUCCUCCGAAAAUAGGCCAGGUUAUCUGGCUUGAAAACACAGAAUUUCUUAGUUAACAUUUGAUAUAGUUGCACUUUAAUUACAUGGUCCCAAAAAUUGAAGUAAAAAAUGUCCCAGUUCAGUCCUCAGCUCUUCACUCUUCAGCACUCUAUUUUAUGACCACUGCUCAUGAGCAGACUAUGAGCAGCUCUUGCGGUGUUGGCAGUAAUAUUAUGUUUUGUUUUAUUUUUAUUUGGGAUGUAUGGGUAUAUCAGACAAACAAUACAUUUCUUAGUCCUCCAAAUGCACAAAAAGUCCUGAAUAAUAUUUUCGAUAUCCUGUCUUUUUCUCAGUGAGUCUGCUCUCCUGUAUAUUCAGUAACAUUUCAUCCAUAAGCUGAAAAGUUAUCACAUGUGAUUUAAAAUAAAUAUUAGCCAUUUAAGAAUCACUGACAUUAAAUUCAGCUAAGUGUUUAUUAAAUAACUUUUUAAAAACAUCCAAAAGUUUUAAAAUCUAUCAUCAGCAAUUUGUUGGUAAAUUGAAUGAGACUUUAAGACCUUGUGCCACUAAAUUUUAAUUCUAGUAUUCAGUAUUCAGUUAUUCCAAAAUAACUGAAUCACUCCCAGUUCAGGACACUUUUCUCAAUACUAAUUUCUUUGUGUUUGCACACACCACAUGUACAUUUGUAAUUAUCCUCUCAUCUGUUUGUGUCUAGUUAUGAAGCUCAAACACUGCGAAACCAGGAAAAAAAUCUUCUGUUUUUGACCUCCGAAUCAACAUGCAAGUGAAAAUAUAUGUUUUUAUCUACACCCUGAACACUUCCUGUUCAGGGCUGGAAGUUUCCACAUGUUCCCAAAAUUCAGAUCCUACACCUUCCUUACUUAAAACCCUCUCACGUCCUGUCUGCACCCUCUUCAUUUCAACCUUUCUUAUUCAUCCCUUCGUCCAUGCCUGCUCAUUCUUUUUUCCUCAAAAAUAAUUGAUGUAAAUGAUUAUCUGUUUGACUGAAAGAAGGGGUGAAAUGAUGUUACCCCAAUUCAUCCAGUCAUUCAUUCAUAACUGUAUAUGGGGAUAUAUAUAUA